UUGAAGGUACAGUCUCAAGCCACUAAUAACAAUGCCAGCUCAACUCCUUCAAGAAAGGUUCAGUCUUCAGCCCCUAAAGUACGCAGGACUGUGAGCAGUCGAGUCCACGAAGCAGUGAAAGCCAUAGCUUUGUGUCACAAUGUUACACCAGUUUAUGAAUCACGAGCUGGAGUAAACUAUGAAACGGAGUAUGCUGAAGUUGACCAAGACUUUUGUGAUGAAAACCGCACCUACCAAGCAUCAAGCCCUGAUGAGGUGGCCCUUGUAAAGUGGACAGAAAGUGUUGGACUUACUCUUGUCAACAGAGAUUUGACCUCUAUGCAGCUUAAAACCCCUAGUGGACAGAUUUUGACUUUCUUCAUUCUUCAGAUCUUUCCUUUUACUUCUGAGAGCAAACGAAUGGGAAUCAUAGUGAGGGAAGAGUCUUCAGGAGAAAUCACCUUCUAUAUGAAAGGUGCUGAUGUCGCCAUGGCUAGCAUUGUUCAGUAUAAUGAUUGGUUAGAGGAGGAGUGUGGAAAUAUGGCGAGAGAAGGAUUACGUACUCUAGUAGUUGCCAAAAAAUCAUUAUCAGAAGAACAAUAUCAAGAUUUUGAGAAUCGAUAUAACCAAGCCAAGUUAAGUAUGCAUGACAGAACAUUAAAGGUGGCAGCUGUGGUAGAGAGUCUGGAGAGAGAGAUGGAAUUGCUUUGUUUAACCGGUGUUGAAGAUCAACUGCAAGCUGAUGUCAGACCAACUCUGGAAAUGCUGAGAAAUGCAGGGAUAAAGAUCUGGAUGCUCACAGGUGAUAAAUUGGAGACUGCAACUUGUAUAGCAAAAAGUUCUCAUCUAGUAUCAAGAAACCAGGAUAUUCACAUAUUUAGACUAGUAAGCAGUCGAAGCGAAGCUCACUUGGAACUUAAUGCUUUCCGAAGAAAACAUGACUGUACCUUGGUAAUAGCAGGGGAUUCUCUUGAGGUGUGUUUGAAGUAUUAUGAGCAUGAAUUUGUUGAACUUGCCUGCCAGUGUCCUGCUGUUGUGUGCUGCCGAUGUUCACCAACACAGAAAGCUCAGAUUGUAAAGCUCUUACAGCAACACACAGGAAAACGCACAUGUGCUAUAGGGGAUGGAGGUAAUGAUGUGAGCAUGAUCCAAGCAGCUGACUGUGGGAUUGGCAUAGAAGGAAAGGAGGGAAAACAGGCUUCCCUUGCAGCUGACUUUUCCAUCACGCAGUUUAAGCACAUUGGCCGACUUCUGAUGGUACACGGUCGAAACAGUUAUAAAAGAUCAGCAGCACUGGGACAGUUUGUUAUUCACAGGGGCCUUAUUAUUUCCACUAUGCAGGCUGUGUUUUCCUCAGUAUUCUAUUUCGCAUCUGUUCCUUUGUACCAGGGAUUCCUAAUGGUAGGAUAUGCAACAAUCUACACAAUGUUUCCUGUGUUUUCCUUGGUGCUGGAUCAAGACGUGAAACCAGAAACUGCCCUUCUCUACCCAGAGCUAUAUAAAGACCUCACAAAGGGAAGAUCCUUGUCUUUUAAAACCUUCCUCAUCUGGGUUUUAAUCAGCAUUAUACCAAGGUAAGAGAGACUCAUUUAGGCAGACGAAAGGAUUUUUGUCUGCCAUUAUUGUUUUCCUUCCAGGUUUGCUUCCGCCAGCUUAA